AUGGAAAGUUAUUGUCGUGUAAAUACCGCCGCCCGCGCCGCGCCUACUGCGCCAUCGCCGAAGCUUCUCUCACCUUUCCAGAUGCAGGUGCACACCGUACGCUUAGUUGCGCUAUUCGUUAACGCAAUUCUCUAUGGCAUUCUCGUCACCACCUUCGACCCGUGUUUGAACAGCUUUGCGUGGAUCUCCCGGCGAGAGAGGCCGCACCGGAGGAUUGGCAGACGGAAAGAGAUCAAGCUGCCGAUUCUGCUCGCCUCCAUAUCGAUGUUCCUCAUCGCGACCUUCUCGACUGCGCUCUCGCUCCGCAAUGUUCUCGAUGCGUUCAUCUCAUGGAUUUCGCCGGGGAGGGCGGGGCGUUGGAGUUCUAUCGGCGCCAUGACGUCGGCUGCCAGACGCAUUGAAUGUUGGCAGUGGAGGACACGGCUCAGGUCGCAUGGGGUGAUGCGUUGCUUGUAUGUUGCCGACUCCUCGGAACCUUCGCGCCUGAUUCUCUUUCUCCAGAUCUACCGAUGUUACGUGUUGUACGACAGAAACUUUCGCAAGGUUCUCGUACCAUUCAUAAGUUACUUGACGCUGGUCGUUGCGACUGCGCUCAGCACCUAUCUCGAAAUUAGUCUCCCGCCGACAAGACCUUGAAUGAUUCUUCGGUGCUACCUUACCUCGCAACCAGUCUCGGUCUGAUGUUUUUUUAUAUCUUAUUGUCAGAAGGCUGAUCCAGAUGGACCACGACUCCGCACGUCCCUUGGCCAACGCUGGGUUGUUGCGGCCUCAUUUCCUG